AUGGCAAUAAAUUUAUCAAGUCAAAUAUUAUUAAAAGGAGUGCAAUCUCCAGAAUCGUUCACAGGUGCAGAUGAACAAGAUCCAAUUAUAUGGUUACAAGAUAUUGAACAAAUGUUUGAAGCUGCUAGUGUAAGAUCGGAGGAUCGUCGAAAAUUAUUACCAAUGUAUUUUCUGGAUGAUGCUAAGAAAUGGUAUCAAAGUGGUAUAUUUGAUAAUAACUAUGAUGGAUUCAAACAACAAUUGAUUAAGGUAUUUACAUCAGCCUCACAGCAGCUCAAAAUAUCAAAUAAAUUAGUGAAUCGACGUCAAGGAUUGAACGAAUCAGUUCAAUCAUAUUAUUAUGAUGUACUAUCUUUAUGUACAAGAUUUAAUCCAGAUAUGAGUGAAAAUGAAAAAGUCCUGCAUUUAUUACGCGGAUUAAAACCGACAAUUGUCCAAAACGUCAUGAUGUUCAAUCCAGAAAAGUGUGCUGAUUUGUUAGAACAAGCAAAACGAGCGAGCGGAAGCUGCAACCAUUUCCGUGAUGGACCAAAAAGUGGUCUUGCGUUUUCUGCAAUAUAUAACAAUACCUUAGCCCUCUAA